AUGGCUUUGGAAGGAUCAGUGGAUGAAGAAGUUUCAGGUGGAGGAGAGGGAUGCUUGACACAGGUAGUAGCUAGGCUGCCGCUCUUAGAAAUCAAUGUUAUAUCAGGCCAAGACCUGGCUCCUGUGUCCAAAUCUAUGCGUACUUAUGCAGUAGCUUGGGUGCAUCCAGGAAGGAAAUUGUCUACCAAGGUUGACCAAAAUGGCCACAUCAAUCCUCAAUGGAACGAGAAGUUUGUGUUCCGCGUUGAUGACACGUUCAUAAAUGCUGAGAACUCUUCUAUCAUGAUAGAAAUCUAUGCUGCGGCAUGGCUACGCGAUGUUCAGAUUGGGUCUGUAAGAGUUCUGAUCAGCAACUUAUUUCCUUCAAACAACAACAACAACAAAAUGCGCUUUGUUGCACUUCAGGUUCGCCGCCCAUCAGGAAGACCUCAAGGGAUCCUUAACAUGGGGGUGCAGGUGCUGGACAGUACAAUGCGCAGCAUGCCUUUAUAUACAGAACUUAGCGCGUCUGCAGUUGGCUUCAAUGACCUCAUUAAUGCCAAAACCAACGGGAAAGACCUUGAAGAAAAGGGUGCGAAAUUGCGACGCACACAGAGUGACCGAACUGACCUCACCACCACUGAUGAAUCUGGACUGAAAGAGGGUGGUGUCAGGUCACUUGGUGGCUCGUUGAUUAACUCUUCGGUGGCUAAACCUAGUGUUAAAGACAAUGGCAAUGGCAAUGGCAGCAUGGUCAAUGGAUCUCUUUGCUCUGAUGUGGGGCCUUCUGCGUCUGUUGUGGCAGCAGCAAUUGCUAAAGGAUUGAUUAAAACACCAGCAAAUGCUGGUCAACAUGAUACGGAUGGUGCAGGAAGCUCGAUUCUUGAGGAUUGGACAGAAAACGAUAGUGCCGAAGGCCUACGAACAAAGCUUGAGAGAUGGAGAACAGAACUUCCUCCAGUUUAUGAUAAUGAUCUGCGGAAGAUGCAGUCGAGAAGCAGAAACAAGAAGCACAGGCGCAGGUCAGAAGGUGGGCGGUUGUUUUCAUGUUUUGGCAAUGCCUUCGGGUGUGAAAUUUCCAUUACUUGCGGUGGGCGCAAUAACAAGAAAAGGUGUGGAAAUCACAAAGUCUGUCAUCUUAGCUCUGUGGACAGUCAAUCAUAUUUAUAAGAUGACAACGAGAUUUUUUGUCCCGUCUCUUUUUAGCACAAAACGAAAGUUGAAAAUGACUUGAAAUAAGUCAUGGUGCUUGUACGUCUUUUUCUUUUAUGAUCCCUGGUUGCUAGUAGACAUUUUGCUUCUGUAUACUGUGAGAGAAAAGGUUGUUUCUUUGUACAUGAUGAAUGAUGUACUUAUUGUUUGUUGGGGAUUUUUGUGCAUAAACCUAAUGGCCAAGGCUGGUGAA